ACAUAAACGACUUCAGAAAAAAAAAAAAAAAGAUAAGUUUUCCCCUUGACACACAAUAUUUUAUUUUUUUUUUAUACCAUCUCGACUUUUUUUUUCUUCUUUUUUUUUCCUUAAUUCCAGUUAUUUUGUUAAAGUUUUAAAAUAAAAUGGCAGGAGCACUUGAAAACGCACAAAGAGAUUUACCCAAAAUUAGAGACCAUGAACGCGAGUCUGAUUUCGGUACCAUCUAUUCUGUUUCUGGUUCAGUUGUUGUUGCUGAUAACAUGCGUGGUUCUGCCAUGUAUGAAUUAGUACGUGUUGGUCAUUCUGAACUUGUAGGUGAAGUCAUUCGUAUUGAUGGAGAUAAGGCAACUAUUCAAGUUUAUGAAGAAACUGGUGGUUUAACUGUGGGUGAUCCAGUUUUACGAUCUGGUAAACCUUUAUCUGUUGAGCUUGGUCCUGGUCUUAUGUCAAAUAUUUAUGAUGGUAUUCAGCGACCGCUUAGGGUUAUUCAAGAAGCUUCUCAAAGUAUUUAUAUUCCUCGAGGUAUUGCUACUCCUGCUUUGGAUAAAUCUUUUGGUUGGGAUUUCGAACCUCUUAAUUUCCAGGUAGGAGAUCAUAUUACUGGUGGUGACAUUUAUGGUAAAGUGUAUGAAAAUUCUCUUGUUACUGUACAUAAUAUCAUGUUGCCACCCAAGAGUCGUGGUACAAUUACGUAUAUUGCCCCUAAGGGUCAAUAUACACUUGAAGAUGUUGUUCUUGAGACUGAAUUCGAAGGUGAAAAGACCAAGCAUACGAUGAGACAACUCUGGCCUGUACGUUCACCUCGUCCUGUUGCAGAAAAGUUAUCUGCUAAUCAUCCUUUGUUGACAGGUCAACGUGUUUUAGAUUCCCUUUUCCCUUGUGUCCAAGGUGGUACUACGGCUAUUCCUGGUGCCUUUGGUUGUGGUAAAACUGUCAUUUCUCAAUCUCUUUCCAAGUACUCUAACUCUGAUAUUAUUAUCUAUGUUGGUUGUGGUGAACGUGGUAAUGAAAUGGCUGAAGUUUUAAUGGAUUUCCCUGAACUUUCAAUUGAGCAUGAAGGUCGUAAAGAAUCUAUUAUGAAACGUACUACUUUGGUUGCUAAUACUUCCAAUAUGCCAGUUGCCGCUCGUGAAGCAUCUAUUUAUACUGGUAUUACACUUUCUGAAUAUUUCCGUGAUAUGGGUAAAAAUGUCGCUAUGAUGGCUGAUUCUACUUCUCGUUGGGCUGAAGCCCUUCGUGAAAUCUCAGGUCGUCUUGCUGAAAUGCCUGCUGAUUCUGGUUAUCCUGCUUAUCUCGGUGCACGUCUUGCUUCUUUCUAUGAACGUGCUGGUCGUGCCACUUGUCUUGGUAAUCCUAGUCGUGAAGGUAGUGUCACGAUUGUAGGCGCUGUAUCCCCUCCUGGUGGUGAUUUCUCUGAUCCUGUCACUGCUUCCACACUCGGUAUUGUUCAAGUCUUUUGGGGUCUUGAUAAGAAGCUCGCUCAACGUAAGCAUUUCCCCUCUGUUAACUGGAACUUGUCUUAUUCCAAGUAUAUGAAGGUACUUGAACCUUAUUAUGAAAAGAAUGAUCCCGAAUAUAUUCACUUGCGUGAUAAAUGUAAGGAAAUCCUUCAAAUGGAAGAAAACCUUUCUGAAAUUGUUCAACUUGUUGGUAAAUCGGGUUUGAAUGAAACUGAUAAAAUUACUUUGGAAAUCGCUCAAAUCAUUAAGGAUGAUUUCCUUCAACAAAAUGGUUAUAGUAAUUAUGAUCGCUAUUGUCCUUUCUAUAAGACGACAUGGAUGUUACGUAACAUGAUUGGUUUUUAUGACCAUGCCAUUCACGCUGUUGAAUCUUCCAACAACCAAAUUACUUGGUCCAAGAUUCGUGAAUUUAUGGGUGAUAUUCUUUAUAAAUUAUCUUCCAUGAAAUUUGAAGAUCCUGCUGAAGGUGAAAAUACACUUGUUGAAAAGUAUUCUGCACUUCAUAAGGAAAUUGAAGCCAAAUUCAAUGACCUUGAAGCUUAAGAAGUAAAACUCUCACACAUAACACAUAUUCAUACAAAUUUUAUUCCCUUCUUUUUUUUUUUAUUAUUCAAAUCUCACCUCUCUCUCUCUCUCUCUCUUUUCCUCCUUUUUUUUCAUGGCAAAUUAUAAUUAAAUAUGCGCUGUCAUGUAUAAUAAAUUGUUUGGAGUAGUUAUGUUUGAUUGGUUUACACUUUACUUUUAAUAAUGUUAAAGCGGACUGUUCAG